AUGAUCCUAGGCGGGCCCAAUAACCGCACUGACUACCAUGUCAACUCAACUCCGGAGUUCUUCUACCAAUGUAAAGGCUCUAUCAUCUUGAAGACUGUUGAUACGUCAACCACGCCUCCCACCUUCAACGAUAUUCCGAUCCACGAGGGGUCACUGUUUCUUCUGCCUGCUAAUACCCCACACUGUCCCGUGCGGUUUAGAAAUACCAUUGGAAUCGUGAUGGAGCAGCCACGGCUUCCUGGCGCUGAGGAUGAAAUGCGGUGGUAUUGCCGAAAUUGCAGCGCGUUGGUCUGGAGUAAGAGUUUUAUUUGCACCGAUCUGGGAACCCAGAUAAAGGGAGUCAUUGAGGCGUUUCAACAAGAUGAGAAGAAAAGGGUUUGUGGAAGAUGCGGUACGCGAGCGGAGAUUACCUAUGCUCCGGGAGAAGUCAUGCAGCCACCGUGCUUACCACAGAAGUCCUAG